AUGGCGGAAAAUACACGGAUGAAAGGUUUGGAAGCUGCCAUCAAUGGCCUCAACACCACGAUGCAGCAAAUGAUGGAAGAUGCCGACGCACGACAUAACGACUACAUACAACACCGACACAAUGAUAUGGUGCGUUUCGAACGUGUUGAAGCACAACUGGGUUCUUUACAACUCUCUUCCGCCUUAAAUGGUAGCGGGAACUCAGACGGAACCCCACGACAACUGCCGUUUCAGAUACGCAACGUGAAGCUUGAUUUUCCCAGAUUCGAUGGUACUGAGGUUUUGAACUGGAUCUUUAAGGUUGAACAGUUUUUUGAUUAUUACUCUACACCGGACAAUCAACGCCUUACCAUUGCAGCGGUGCAUCUCGACAAAGAUGUCGUACCUUGGUAUCAAAUGAUUACUCGUAACAACCCCUUCCGAUCUUGGGGUGCCUUCACACGUGCUUUGGAAUUGGAAUAUGGCCCUUCUCCAUACGAAUCUCCACGACCCACCCUUUUCAAAUUAACCCAGACCUCCACAAUCAGUGAAUACUACUCCACUUUCAUCUCCCUUGCGAAUCGCUCUCAUGGCCUAUCCCCUGAUGCAAUCUUGGAUUGUUUCGUUAGUGGGCUUAAGACUGAGAUCCGUCGUGAUGUCAUAGCCCAAAACCCUACCUCUCUCUCUCACGCCCUUUCCUUAGCCAAAUUAUUUGCAGAAAAAUACAACUCUUUUACAAAACCCUACCCACAAACCACAAAGCCCAUUUACAAUCCCAGCCCACAUUCUCUAACCCGACCCACCAACGCCCUUUUACCCACUCCACCAACCCGACCCCAAACCCAAACACCAAUUCCCAAACCUCGUCCCAUUCGUAGCAUCACCUCCGUUGAGAUUCAACUCAGGCGUGACAAGGGUCAAUGCUUCUAUUGUGAUGACAAGUUUACACCCAACCAUCGUUGUCCAAACAAACAUUACCUCCUUCUUCAAGUUGAUGAUUCUGAUUCACCAGAGCAAGAGACAGAGCCGCCAGAUGGUGAUUCUUUACUUCAGAUACUUGAAACAGAGCACCAUCUCUCAUUUAAUGCCCUCAACGGAGCGCAAAGUGCAGGCACACUUCGUUUUCAAGGGCAAAUUCAAGGAAUACAAGUCCAGGUUCUCCUUGACAGUGGUAGUUCCGAUAAUUUUUUGCAACCACGCAUAGCUCAGUGUUUGAAAUUGCCAAUUCAACAAGCUCCGCAAUUUCAAGUUUUGGUGGGAAAUGGUAGCACACUGACGGCUUCGGGAUUGAUUCAGGACUUACCAGUCACGAUACAGGGUCACAAUCUCCACCUUCCGGUGUAUUUGCUUCCUAUUACUGGUGCUGAUUUGGUCCUAGGAGCACCAUGGCUCAAUACUCUAGGUCCUCACAUUGCGGACUAUGAUGCGUUAUUGAUUAAAUUCUACCUCAACAACAAAUUCAUCACUCUUCGAGGAGAUCAAUUCAUGGCACCGGGUCAGUCUCAAUUUCAUCAUAUUCGUCGUCUCCAUAACACACAUUCUAUUGAUUUAUCAUAUACUCUGCAAUUCCACUCUCUAGCACCAUCAUCAUCAGUAGCUACACUUGAUAAUUUACCGGAAGAUUUAGCUGCCUUGCUCCGCAAUUAUUGGAAGGUGUUUGAGGAACCUAAUCGUUUACCACCACCGAGGUUACAAGAUCAUUCAAUCCCUCUUAUUGAUGGUAGUAAUCCGGUUAAGGUCAAACCAUAUCGAUAUCCACAUAGUCAGAAAACAGAAAUUGAACGAUUGGUUUCUGAGAUGUUACAACAGGGUAUUAUUCAACCUAGUACCAGCCCGUUCUCAUCCCCGGUUUUGCUGGUCAGAAAGAAAGAUGGAUCCUGGAGAUUUUGCACUGAUUAUCGUGCAUUAAACGCGAUUACAAUUAAAGAUAGCUUUCCAAUACCGACAGUUGAUGGGUUGUUGGACGAACUAUUUGGAGCUGCUUAUUUUUCUAAAUUAGACUUGAGAGCAGGCUACCAUCAAAUCUUAGUUAAUCCGGAGGAUCGUCAUAAGAUUGCUUUUCGCACACAUCAAGGGUUGUAUGAGUGGCUUGUCAUGCCGUUCGGGUUAUCCAAUGCACCAGCUUCGUUCAAAAGUCUUAUGAAUUAUGUUUUUCGAGACCAAUUACGCAAGUUCGUGUUAGUCUUCUUUGAUGACAUACUGGUGUACAGCCCCUCUUGGUCUACACACCUUGAACACCUGGAGGUUGUUUUAAGGUUGCUAGAACAACAUGAGCUAUUUGCCAAGCUUUCCAAAUGUUGCUUUGGCCUUACUUCAGUGGAUUAUCUAGGGCAUACCAUCUCAAAUUAA